AUGGAGUCGUGGUCCCCAAUAUUUAUCCUCACCGUUCCUAUUACUGUGGUGGUCAUUGGAACGACCAUAAGUAGAAUCAUAAAGCUGAUAAUAUCCUCUAGUUGGUACAAAAGGAAAUACGCCGAAAGACAACAGCGUUGGACUGAAUUAACCGCCCUGGUCUUCGAGCCCUUGAAGCGAAAACUCUUCGCAGAUCUCGAUGAAAAUCUUAAAAGACUCAACGGCGACGUUUUAGAAAUUGGCAUCGGUUCAGGGCAAAACUUACAUCAUUAUCCUACAGGAACAGCGCUAAUAGCCGUUGAUCCUAAUCCACAUGUGGAAAAACUUCUAAAGGAGAACUUGAGGAAAGCAGGUGACAGGAUAAAAUUGAAGAGAUUUGUCGCUGUUUCAGCGGAGGACAUGAGUUACAAGGAGCAGAUCGGUGUAGAGGACAAUUCUGUUGCUGCUGUGGUUUGUACGAAGCUUUUCUGUUCCCUGACUGAUGACCAAGCAAAGAAAGUUGUCCAAGAAGUAAAGAGAGUUUUGAUUCCUGUAAGCAGUUUAUGUACAUCUUUGCAUUAGCUAUUACGCGUACGACUAGGCGACUACUGCCAGUUUUUGUCGCUCAGCUUUUUUUAAAGAUUUAUUGUUUUCUUUGUUUUUUAUUCGUGACAAAAAUCCAAACCGAAGGAAAAUAAGUUUCAAUAUUUUCAACCUCAGUGUUAGAACGCUGGGGAUUAUGUUAGAUGGGGUCGGGUCGGGGCGAGGGGGGGGGAGUGACAGGUAGGGGUGAUCCCUCAAACGUAAAACCCAAACUUUGUGCCCCCUCUUUUUUUCUUCUGGAGGAGUUUGAAGUGUUUUUUUGUGUGUAAGAAUUAUUUAUGUAUUUUAAUAUUUAUUAUAUUUAUUAUUUCUUUGAUUUUCUCAUCUUCUACAGGGUGGACGAUUUUAUUUUAUGGAGCAUGUGGCAGGUUGGUAUCAGGCUCAGCUCAGAACCCUAUUUUCUCAAAAUAAUCUUAAGGCCGAUCGUUUCACUACAAAAGGUUGCUUCGCGCAGUCAUAUUUGUCCGUUUCGUUUUCAAUUUUUUUAUUUGUGGAAUAUUUCAACCCAAAUUGACACUGUGAUAAAAAAUAUGAAAAGCUGCAAAUACACCACGGUGGGGCCAGGCGUUCACUUUAAAACCCCACAGUGGGGCUUAAAAUAGGGUGUAAAUGCCCCACCCCGGAACAACACCAAAAUUGCAUUUUCCAGAAAAUAAGCUGCAAAUACCAUAUUUACAGGUAAUCUGUAAUAAUCUGAUCAAAUGCCCUGCGGGAAUGGGCACGUUUGGAAUUAACUGAGCCGUUAGAGGCAGCUGUUCAGUGACUAAUAAUUAACAAUUAAUGAAUGAGGCUAAGUAUCUUAUGAAGUUAUGGAGAUCUAGGAGGGUGUUAUCCGUCAAGGCUGGUUAUGGUGAAUUAUGCGUGUGCUUUUAGCCAAUCAGAAUUGGGGAAAUAUUCUGAAUGAAUAAUAAUGUGCUGUUAUUGUUACCAAUCCCUCCUCUGAAGUAUAACAUAUUCUUUAUUUUUCAAAAAGGAAAGCGCUGGACACUCCAAUACAUCCUUCAACAGCUCGUCUCGAAAUCACAUUUUUGGCCCACCACACACAAUGGAUGUCGCUGUGACCGAGAAACUCUAUUAUGGAUAGAACAUGGUGGAUUCACCAAGGUGUGGUCUGAAAAAAGCUGGCCUGAAUGGAAGCUCUUUGCCGAGAGAGCUUCAUAUGAUUGCUUUACAAGAUUUAAAUUGUUUCUUAUAAAUUCUAUGCUCAUUGGUUAUUCAGAGAAAGGACAAUGUACUGAAGAGAGAAAAAAAGAACUGUAA